AUGAAGGUCGUUCUGUUUAUCUCUGCACUUGCUGCUACCCUAAGUGCAGCUGCCCCACUAGAGCCAAGACAAUCUAUAUGGGGUAAACCUACAGAUGUUUCUGUUCAGUACUGCUACAAUGAUUUCCCUUGCAUCAACGCACGCGAAGCAUGGCAAUCCUGUCAAGUAUCCUCGCUCCCAGGUUCCUACUCUCAAAUCACCGAUCCCGAAGCUCGCAAUACUGUAGUCGCUCAAUGUCUCUGCGACAAUAAAAUUGUCAAUGAAACAGCAAGCUGUAUCUCAUGUCUCAGUUAUGCUAGCGGUAACUUCUUGGUCCUCGAUACUGUAGAGCAACACGCUCAAGAUAUGUGCGAUAAGAAGACCACUCUCAGUCAAUAUGAGAAUUAUGUAUAUCAGUUUGGUGGAUUGUUGCAGUUCCCACUCAUUUUGCCUUCUACUUGGCUUAGUGGUACAAAGGUCAACCUUCCUGAUCAAAUACUCAUUAAGGAUUAA